UUCAGUUGUAUUGUGGCUUCUCGUGUGGUAAGACGGUGCGUUGUGGUGCUAAAUAAAAAUUUUAACGAAAAUUUCUCAAGAGAUAGACACUGAGGCACGUGCUACAUAUACCGAGAUCUAAAGUGAAAGAAUUCUGAAACGGGUUAGAUUGAGUGCAAUUUUCCCUUCUACCGAGACAGAGUAGUGUGAAAUUGUGAUCUUAAACCGACUUUGCAAUUGAGCCAAUUUUUCGUGGUGGUAAAAGCUCGUUGGUGCCGCGGAAUUUCUCCUGGACAAUUGUGCAAUGGUGCAACAGUGACCGAGAGAAUCGUGAGUGGAUUGCAUUUAAAGUGGCUGGAGUUGAUGUAAUUCGUUUUGAGUGAGACUAAAAAAGAAAAAGGUGGGAUUUCUUUUUUCUGUUACGGAGGAAGGAAGGAAGGAAGAAAGAGGUACGAAGACGCUUGGGAAGAGACAUCGAAGAACCUGUUCUUAAAAGGGUCGAGGUGGUAAGAGACGAAAACGCAUGUUAUGGAGCAGUGGCAAGGCCCAGCCACUUCAUUGAGUGUCGCUGAAUUGGGUUCAAUCCGUGAAUGAGGUGUGAGUCGCAUCAGUGCGAUCGCAUAGUGUGUGAGACACCUCGAAAGGCAACCAACGUGGUCAUUCAACACUCGCGCUCACCACAAGCAUAGAAAAUAUGGUCAGUGGGACACAAGCCGGCUGCCUACUCUUGCUAGCCGCUGCACUCGUCUGCGCAGAGGAGAAUCACUCAACGCGUGGAAUUCCUCUCGUGACGUCACCGCUCAAGCUCUCCACCACAGAAGCAUAUCCGCGGUACGAGAAGGUACCCACCACCAAGUUGAUCAAGAUCACCGAAGACAGUAGUGCACUGAAUAGCACGGGAAGGCCGGAAAGUGCUGGCAGGAGUAUCCUACCGUCUGUUGGGAAUGAACUGUGGGAUGGUCUUCUCAGGGAUUGCCUGAGGAAGCCCACCUUUAGUUGCUUCCAGAAGAAUGUCUUUACAUACCUCGAUGGUGCCCUAGCUCUGGCCGAUGUGAAUGUCACCCAGAAUUUCGUUUUUUUGCGGAAUGGUGUCGACUAUGAGCACAUCAGCAAAGAGGCUAAUGACCAGGAGGGAAGUGAAAAUGAAAUAUCCGACACCGAUGAUGAGGAGGAGCCCCGAUUGGCAGAAUCGCCAAUUGAGGAGGUAACAAAUGCUCUGUACGGGAAGGGAGUGAAAUUCGUAAUGACGCACGACGUGCAGGUGAAAUUGCCGGGAAUUUUCUUCGAUGGAGCCACAUUGAAAAUUUCCCCACGAUCUUUCGAGGGAAAUGGUGCCCUCGUGAAGUUGGAGCUGCUUCCUCGAACUGAACUCGAGCCAAGAGAGACCGGUCGGAUAUUCUUCAAGCAUAUAAAAAAACAUCUGAAAAACAAACUUCUACUGGGCCUAUUGGCUGUGAUACUAAUCAUAAAGUUGAUAAAGAUCAAAAUCUUCUGGCUCCUGCCCUUGUUUGUUGGCGUCACAACAGCUAAGAAGUUGGUACUGAAGUUCCUGCUUUUCCUCUUCCCUGCACUCUCACAUAUCUUCAAGCUCUGCUCUUGGUACCAUCACACCUAUCACCAGACCAAAUUCCACCAUCAUCAGCAUCACAUCAAUCAUCUUCACACGGUGAUUCCGCCAUGGGCAUAUGAGCAUGAACAGCAUCAUGGUCCGCCACAUGGUCAUGAGCAUCAUGGUCCAGUUUAUCACCAUGGGGCAGGUCCUGAAUUAAUCUACACAAAACCACCUGCAGGACAUCCCUCGGACUACCUCUAUGGGGGUGUAUCAAGCCAUAGCUUCCAAAGCGACUGGGACAUUACAGGACCAGCUGUGGGCGGAGGAGCAGAGUACUUUAGUGAUAGAAAUUCACACGUUGGCACGUUUAAACCCAAGUUAGAUGAUGCAAAUGAAAUCAGUUCUUGGGGUCUCGGAUCCACUGUAUCACCACCAAUCCAACACAGUAGUCAACGCACAAAUCCCCUUCUGCAAGAACCAAUCAGGAAUUUUACACCCAGGAUGCCAGUAUAUCCGGCGCCAGUUUACAUCCCAAAACGAGGCCAGACAGCAUCAAUAAUUGCAGCGCAGUACAGCCCCAAUACUGCUGCCGAUGCACAACUGAUCCGUGAGGCACAGCGCCAGGAAGCUCUUCGAAUUCAGGCUGAACAAAAACUCAUAGCGGAUCAACAGAAGAUCCUCCAUCAGCAACCGUUUGUUCAAGAUCCCCAGCAUCAACAGAAUAUCUUGCGGAACGCAACGGGUCUUGGUGAUCCCUUCUACGGACCCAUAGUGCAGCGAAUUGAUCGAAUAUUCCAGCAAAUGGGGGUCGUUGAGGAGGGAUGCAAGGAGAGACUGGUUUGCAGUAUGUACAAGAAUCCAGCAAGGUUUAGUCCUCAUAGCAAUUUCAUCUCGGCAGAGUUGAGCAGGGAUACGCAUGAACUUCAGAAGCCAACAUCCACAAAUCCAGCUGUUAUACGAUUUUACAAAUACGUCCAAGCUGCCAGAGAAGGACAGGAUCAAGGAGAUUGCAUAAGAACCUACCCACAGUGCCCUAUCAACACUGAAAGAUAGACAUUAUGAUUAAGUUUAAAAAUUCAUCUAAAUUCUUUUUGCUCUCAGAAUGAAAUUUUUUUGUAAAUAUAAUUUUAAUUAUUUUCUCAUUUAAUUGUAAAAUAAGCUUUAGUUUGACAUAAUUUAUAUUUUUUUUAAAAGACAUUUUUGUACAUAAAAGAGUAAUUUAAUGAUAGGUCCAAGUUGGGAGAAUAGAAGGUUGUAUCACCAUUCUUUAAUAUAUCCCCAAAGAUAUUUAUUUUUUUUUUUUCGAUAAGAUGUGGGUCACAUUGGUUACAAUGGUGUUUAGGUUUGAAUUAAAUUUAAUUGUUAACUAUAGAUUUAUUUAUUUAUUUGUUUAUUUAUUGGGUAGAGAGAUUAGAAUAAGUUUGUAAAAUUGUUUUAGAGGGAUUCUAGUGCAUUAAAUUAAUAUAUCUCUCAGCAGAGAAAUGAGGAAAAAAAGAAAUCUAAACUAGAAGGUGAUAGAUUGAUUUUUAACCAUAAGUAAUUGACUUCCAGUGAGGGUAACGAGUCAUUUAUUUAAUACAUUAGAUGAAUUAGACAGUGCUAAAGUAGACAUUUUAACUUAUUUUGUAAAGUGUUGGGUAUUUAUUUUGUAGGUGUAUAAAAUUGAGAUAUUUAUUGACGUACAUAACUUGUCAUGUCUGUAAAUCAGGCAUUUGAAAUGACUUGUGAAAGUAAUAAAACUUUUUUUUAUAUUGGAAAA